GGAAUGAAGCGGUUUGAUGCUCGGAAGGCCGUCCUGGAAGCGUUGAUACAGAGAGACCUUUUCAAGGAGGUGAAGGAAAAUCCGAUGGUGGUACCAGUCUGUAGCCGCUCCAAGGAUAUUGUGGAGCCACUGCUGAAACCCCAGUGGUACGUUCGCUGUAGCGAAAUGGCAAAAAUGGCAGCAGACGCGGUGCGGAAUGGAGAUUUGAAAAUCAUCCCCGAGAAUCACCUCAAGACUUGGUUUAAUUGGAUGGACAACAUCAGGGACUGGUGUAUUUCCCGACAGCUGUGGUGGGGUCACCGGACCCCAGCCUACUUUGUGACGGUCGACGAUCCCGCUGUCCCGGCUGGAGAGGAUGCAGAUGACAAGUACUGGGUGAGUGGGCAGACGGAGGACAUCGCCAGGCAGAAAGCGGCGAAGAGAUUUAACGUCUCCCUCGAUCGGAUCUCGCUCCGACAAGAUGAGGAUGUCCUGGAUACCUGGUUCUCUUCUGGCUUGUUCCCGUUCUCCAUCUUCGGGUGGCCGGAUGAGACGGAGGACCUGAAAGCUUUCUACCCGGGCACACUGCUCGAGACGGGCCACGACAUCCUGUUCUUCUGGGUGGCCAGGAUGGUCAUGUUGGGAUUGAAGCUGACUGGGAAGCUGCCUUUCCGAGAGGUUUAUCUCCAUGCCAUCGUCCGAGACGCUCACGGCAGGAAGAUGAGCAAAUCUCUUGGCAACGUAAUUGAUCCUCUGGAUGUGAUCUUUGGCAUAACGCUGGAGGGUCUGCACGCACAGCUACUGGAUAGUAACCUGGACCCUGUCGAGAUCGAGCGAGCCAAGGCGGGCCAGAAAUCUGAUUAUCCGGUUGGGAUUCCAGAAUGUGGGACAGACGCCCUGCGAUUUGCUCUAUGUGCCUACACGUCCCAAG